AAACCACGUCGGAUUUCACAAAGUGGGAGUUGGGAAUUUGUAGCGCGUUGUGUUAUUUCCCAAUCUUUUUAUGCCAAAAUAAUACAAUAUUUUUGUGUUUUUGAGUAAAUAAAUUAAAUAAAGAGCAUGGAUUAUUAUAUCUAAAUAGUUUUCACAAUCAGUACGUUAAUCAUGUUCACAUAAUUGUUUAAAAAAUGAUCUGAACCUAACCUAUAUAAGUAAAAUGUGAUUUUUAAGCAACAGUGGAAAUUUUAACAAUAACACUCUAAUUAGGUGAUAUAUUUUAGUUACUUCAAUUCUAUAUUAAGAGUGUUUAUUAAUUUAUCCUGAAAAUGGUGUUCUUAACUAGAACUUUAUACUACGCGAAAAAAAUAGAGCAGAUAGAAAAGCCUAUGAGAAAGUACCUGCGUAAAGGUUUUCUGGAUCAUCUGGUACUGAAUGUGCGAUCUGGUGCUGGAGGUUCAGGAUUUCCUCGCUUCGGGGGCAUGGGUGGUAGAGGAGGUCAUGUUUUCUUAGAAGCUAAAGAUGAUAUGACCUUGAAAAGUGUGGAUAAUAAACUCAAAAACAUUAAGCUGCAAGCUGGAACAGGUUCAAAUAGUACAGCACAUGGCUUAAUAGGCCAACCUGGAGAGGAUAUAACAAUUAGAGUUCCAACUGGUGUAACUGUAUAUGAUAGAAAUAAAAUUCUAAUAGGAGAAAUAAACGAGCCAAAUUCAAAAUUAAUGGUAGCGGAAGGAGGAAUCGGUGGUUGCAAAGAGACAGAUUUCUGUGGUCGGAAAGGACGAAGCCGCGUAAUUCACUUGGAUUUAAAAUUAAUAUCUGACGUUGCCCUAGUCGGAUUUCCUAAUGCGGGCAAGAGCACUCUUUUGAAAACAGUUUCUCGAGCUGCUCCAAAAAUUGCUGAAUACCCAUUUACUACCGUAAAACCAAACAUAGGAACAAUGGUAUUUCAAGAUAUGAGAAAAAUAAGUAUGGGCGAUUUGCCUGGAUUAAUAGAAGGUGCUCACAGAAAUGUUGGAAUGGGCUACAGCUUUUUAAAACACAUAGAAAGAUCUAAAAUGAUGUUGUUUGUCGUUGACAUUCAAGGAUUUCAACUUUCUGCUCGCCAUACUCGUAGGAAUUGCUUGGAGACCAUAGUACUUCUGAAUAAAGAGAUUGAACUCUAUAAGCCUGAUUUGCUCGAAAUGCCGGCUAUGGUCCUUAUUAAUAAAAUGGACACGCCAGGUGCUGAGGAUAUAUUUGAAAGUAUCUUGCCCAAGUUGGAACGACUGGAUGAUUUCGUUUCAGAGUGCCCGGAGGAAAUUAGACCCGAAAAGGUAGUAACCUUCGAAACUAUUUUGAAAACGUCGCUAAUAAAUACUUCAAAGAAUGAAAUCAAUUUCAUCAAGAAGAGGAUAAGAGAGACUCUUGAUAAGUGUGUCGAAAGAGAAGAACACGAAGAAGAGGAUGAGAAUUCAGUUGUAAAGCUAAUUAGUAAACUUCAAAAAGGUUCAGAGCAAGUCGCCCCUAAUUUAGUUUAAAUAAACCUUUAUAUGUAAAUAUCUA